CUCACACUUCAUACACAAUCAAUGGCCUCCACGGAUUCAGUUUACCGUCCCACACCAACUCCAGACCAUGACACUACUGUUGUAGUAGUUGUGUUUGUCUCUUUGGGUUCUGUCAUGUUCUUGGCGUUUCUAGCUUUUGUUAUCUGGUUCUUGAUCAAGACGAGAUCCAGGAAGCACCGUGAGAAAUCUGAGGCGGUUCGUGUGGAUGAGCACUUUAAGAUGAAGGAAGCUAUAGUCGAAGGACCUAAUGGACAAAAGUCUGUGGUGUUAUCAGUUGAGGAUGAUGUUAAGAUCGAAGACGCGAUCAAGAGAGAUGAGAAAGAUCUGAAGAAGGAUGGUGGAGUUGGAUCAUCAGUCGUUUCCCGUUCGUGAAUAAGCUUUCUUCAUUCAUAAUGUUGCCAAUCUAUUUAUUUGUAUUAUAAUUGUGUUUGUGUGAAUCAUUUGUUUGGUGAAAUAAAAAAGCAUAUGAAAU